AUGCCGCUGUUCCCCGCUUCUCCUGCUCCGCGACAAGUCCCGCUGCUCAAUAGCGCCUGCCCGUGGGCCUCGUCAGAGGAGGACCUGCGCCGACUAUGGGACAGUCCGUACACCAGCGCUGUGACCACACGAACGGCGACGCUCGAGGGCUUUCCCGAUGACCCGCGUCUCCAUCAAGUCACGUUCUUCGGCGCCGGUGCCCAUUCGACAGCCAAUUCGUUCGGCUUCUCCCCUCACCCGCUCUCCUCCUACCUCUCCUGGCUCCGUCCCCUCAUCCGCCAGUCAGCAAAGCGCAAACUCGUCAUCGUGUCGAUAGGCGGGAAUGAGAAGGAGAUCGAGACGAUGCUGCGGAUGUUGCAGGACUUUGCGAACGAGGUGGGCGAGCGAAUUGCAGCCGAAUACAACGCUUCUUGUCCGAACAUCCCAGGACAUCCUCCGCCUGCCUACAUCGAGUCGCAGCUGUCCACUUUCCUCGCCCUCCUCGCCCGCUACGCCUCGCCAACACUCAAAGUGGGCAUCAAGCUGCCUCCAUACACCUUUCAGGAGCAGUUUGACGCACUCUUGCGGUGUCUGGUCGAGGUCGCGGGUAGCAGGGGCGGACCGGAGCACCCAAUCUCGUUUCUCACCUCGACAAAUACGCUUGGACAGGGUCUCGUCCUUGCAGACCAGAUGACGAACGUCCCGUCGGAUCCAGUGGCGCAACGACGAAAGCCGGCGGAGGAGGUGUUCGCUCUUCCGAGCGCAACGGGCGGACUAGCGGGCGCUGCGGUGCAUCAGCUGUCGCUUGGCAAUGUCUACCGUUUGGCGUCUCUCCUGCGGUCGCCCUCGUCGCCGUACGCCAAGCGCGCCCCUUCACUCAAGCAGAUCACCAUCAUCGGUGUCGGCGGCGCGCACGAUGCGGCGUCAGUCGAAAGGUUCCGCCAGGCUGGUGCAGACGCUGUGGCUUGCGCAACCGCUUUGGGUAGAGAGGGAGUCAGCGUAUUCGAGCAGAUGGCGGGCGGAGCAGUUCAGGCCAAGCUGUAG